GUUUGGAAUCCGCACAUGCGCCUUGUAACGUGCCUCCAGGACGCAUGCGCUCCUUUCCCCGCGAAAACAUGAAGACGGUGACGACGGCAGGAAUGGCUAAAUCACCUUGAAGGGCAUCAGAGGCAACUCAAGAAGACCAGACUAGUCCUGGCGAUCUGUGUCUACCACACAAGUGAAGAUGAAGGUGCAUUUAACGCUAAUGCGCAGAGAAUAGGACCCACUCUUUUUUCCACACGUGCUUUUAUUGUGCCCAAUAUGCAUAUUUUUGCCAAACAUUCUGCAAAAUAACAUGCCCAGGAUUACCUAGGAACGGUUCACCAAUUCUGUGGCAAACAUAUCUGAAUUGAAAUGCACCAAAAUAGAGACUUUUAUAAUGCUUAUUUGCUUUUAAAAGGUUUUCGGAUGAUUAAUGCCGUCUAAAUGGCUCUCGCGCACACAGCAGAGUGGAGUGGUCCUUGACGUUUCUUUAUUUGGUUCAUCCGUUCUUAUUUUAAACCCACCGUUAAGGAGCAUUUUAGCUGUGGAUGUACACUGCUCAAAACAGUUAAUGGAAAAGACAUCAGAUCUCAAUGUAAAAAAAACUAUGUUGGGUAUCGAUAUAGACCAUUAAAUGGCUGAGGAAAAAAAGGAUGCCACCUCUUUUGAUGGAAAUAAAAGUUUCAGCCUGCACAGGGCUUCAUUUAGACCCCAAAAUCUAAGUGAAACGAUGAUGUGGCAGGCUCCAUUUUGCCCAAAUUAAAUUUCUGCAACUCAAUAUAAUUUCCAAUAUCUUGUGGCCCCCACAUGCUUGAAUACAUGCUUCCCAAACAUCGCGGCAUGCUCCUAAUGAGACGACGGAUGGCGUCCUGCGGGAUGUCCUCCCAGAUAAGGUCAUCAGUAAGCCUCUGUUUUCAAUAUCACUGAUUAUGAUGAGUGGUGGUCCAAAGUAUGGUGCGGGGUCAUCACAGAAAUGGCCACAACCAAUUAUUACCUGUUCGAAUGCUCUUUUAGGGGGUUCCUCCUCGAUCUUGUUGACCUUAUUGUCUACCUCAGUUAACAGUUAAAACAUUCUUUAAAUUCAGUGUUACAGAAGACUGAGGAUUUCAUUUUGUGGAACCUUAUACAGUUGUGAUUAUUGAUUAUUAACGGAUGACCCAUUUUGUUGUGGUUGUUGUUGAAAGGUUGGCCUGAGAUUGCUGUUUUUGGAGUCUUCGUCAUCGUCAGGUGACUAAGACUCUCCAGAUAAAAACGUCUGCGCAGCUUCAUUGGUCUUUUUCAGAUUGUGCUUUUGAAUCCCUCUGAGCUCCAUCUCUACACUUCAUCCAACAUGACAGCCACAGGCCACCCCGGUCAACAUGUGGAGGAAAAGUCCAGCCAUCUUUCCUGGGACUUUCUUUAUUCUGAUCAAAGUUCCCAGGCAUUUCUUUACCUGUUUGUUGGCUCUGCCCUUUUUGCAUCUUCAGCAAAUGGAUUUCUCUUUUUUCUGACAUCGAAGAAGCAGCUGUGGCAGCCCCACUACAUCCUGCUGCAGCACACAUCAGCCUGCGCUGUUGGGAAGACUUUUGUAACCGCUCUGGCUGUUUUCUCCCCCGGAUCGUGGCCCGCAGCACACUUCUGCACGCUGCUCUGUUUCUGUCUGACGUCGCAAAUGACUUUGUGCCUGAUGGCGGUGGAGCGCUACCUCUUCACCUGCCGCGGCACCGACUACCUGCGGACGGUCACCACCCGCAGCGUCCACAUCACCGUGGGGCUGGCGUGGGGGCUCAGCGGGGCGACGAGCGUGCAUGCAGGGUUGCUGUUGCACCAGAUCCCUUUGGCCUCCCAGCAGCCAACCACCGAGCUCCAGUGGGCCGCUUUGACCACCAGGCAGAACAUCACGUGUUCCCGCGAAGAACUGACGCCGGUGUUUGUCCCCCCGUUUGUCUUGAUGACUUUCUGCGCAUUGACCAUGUGCUACUGCUCUGGGCGCGUGUAUCACGCAUCUCUCAGGGCGAGCGGGGCCGUAAAGUGUCUUAACCAUCGUGUCAACCGCACGGUCGCAUUCUACCUGUUCACCUUUUUCCUGCAGCUGGCCCCAUGCGUGAUCGUCUUUGCAACGGCGUCCCUCUGCGCGACCGCCACUUUCUUAGUGACGCCGCAGCUAAUAAUUCUCCCGUCGUGCAUCGACGCAGCUUUCCUUCUCACCCGGAACCCGCAGAUUAAGCCGCUGGUCCUGUCUGCGCUGCAUCUGGAACGCGGGUGCGCGAGCAGCGCAGAUGUGUCGCGCGGGAGCGCGGAUGGGACAGAAGAGCGCGCGUUGGAGAUGGAGGACCCGGCGACCGCACCUGCUCCUCCACUCGGUUCGGCGUCCGCUUCUGUUUGUUAUUAGUCUCAAACUUAAAUAGUCAUAUUUAGGUUUAUAUUUGUUCAUCUAUUUGGUUCUAUGUUAAGUAGUUUGUGAUGGACGCCGUUAUUCGGUAUUUGUGCUGAUAAAAUAUAAAAGAUUGUUGGAUUUUUCAGUGUUUCUUGUUGCAGUAUUUAAUUGUUACAUUUAUUAAUUGAUAUUUAGCGUACACCUCUAAUGAGCAGCACGACACGGUGUCCUCUCACUUCACUUUUGAUGAUGUUCUUGCAUGAAUUAGUUUUGGUUUUAUUACUGCUUCUUCAGUGUAAAUCAGUCUGCUUACCGUCUGUGAUAUUCUAUUUGUGACCAAAGAAGGUAUCAGCUUUUUGGACAUGAUGUGAUAAAUAUCAAUAAGCUCUAUAUGUAUUUGAAAGGUAAAUCAUGUCUCUGUCUGAUGUUACAUCUCAUUAAUUUAUGUCACACCAACACAUGUAAUUGUUGUGGUUAUUUGAACAAUGAUGUC